AUGUUGCGCUGGUACCAGAGCAAGUUGGCCAAGCGGCCCAUCCUCACCGCGAGCAUCACCAGUGCCGUGCUAUUUGGCAGUGGUGAUGUCCUUGCUCAGCAGGCGGUCGAUCGCCGGGGUCUUGAGAAGCACGACUUUAGCCGCACUGGGCGCAUGGCCUUAUACGGCGGAGCUGUCUUUGGCCCCGUAGCCACUAAGUGGUUCGGUAUCCUCCAGCGACACGUUGUCCUCAAUAGCACCGCGACAACCACGAUCGCCCGAGUCGCAUGCGACCAGUUUCUGUUCGCACCUGUGCAGCUGACCUGCUUCUUGUCUUCUAUGGCGAUUAUGGAGGGUACCAGCCCAACGGAGAAGUUGAAGUCUUCGUUUGGCCCUGCCUACAAGGCGAACUUGUUCGUUUGGCCGUUCGUGCAGGGUGCCAACUUUGCCUUUGUCCCCCUGGAGCUGCGUGUUCUAGUUGUGAACGUGGUCAGCUUGGGUUGGAACUGCUUCCUUAGCUUGAUGAACAGCGGUGAAGAAUAA